AUGAGCCACCAGCAACACCUCCGGCAGCAUUUCAGCGGCCGGCAAGACGAAACAAGUGGCCGGCAGAUCCCCCAAGAAACCCACCAGCAGCACCAGGAACCCACUCGCGCGGCCGCCUUCCCUGUCUGUAUAGCUGACGGCCGCCGGUUCCACAACCUGCUAGCCGACUUUGACCCCUCUCAGGCUGCUGUAGCGCAAGUAGAACGGAGGGCCCAGGAACUCGAGGUCCCUGGAGCAGGAGUGACUGUAACGGGGGAAGGCGGAGUGAAUGUAACCGGGAAAACAGGAGUGACUGUGACGGGGAAAGGGCGAGAAGAAGCGUCUCUGCCAGGUGUCGGCCCGUCAUCGGGUGUCCCGUCUGAGGAGGAGUUUCUUAGGGCGGGGCUGGAUCUGAAGGAUAAGAUAGUGGAAGCCACAUGGAGGAAUGGAGCGCCAGCACCCAGGGUGCGGGACCCCUUCCUCUAUGUGGGCCUGCUGGGGACAGCCUGGGUGUGCUUCAGGGCCUAUCAAGCCACAGGAGACGUUGCUGACCUGGCACUCGCUGCUGACAUCAUCCGGGCUGCUGCUGACAUGGCAGAACACCACCGAACGCAUUACACAUUCUACUGCGGUCAGCCAGGCAUCCUCGCGUUGGGGGCUGUCGUGCGCCACCACCUCAUGGACCACUCUCAACCGAAGCAGCCGCAUCAGCUGCAGCCUGAAGAGCUUGACUCCAAUCCCUACUUCCGCUCCUUCCUCUCCCUCCUCACCUCCGCCCUCCCCUCGCUCUCCCUCCUUCCCUCCUCCCCCACCGACACUGCACCAGCCACCAUCCCCCACGAGCUGCUAUACGGACGAGCAGGCAUGCUCUGGGCCUUCCUGUUCCUGCGUAGGAACCUUCCUGUGGAAAUGCGGAGGAAGCUUCUUCCUCUAUCUCUCGCCCGCCCUAUUGCUGCUGCCAUAUUAGAUGCCGGGCUGUCCCUUGCAUCGACCUAUGAUCAUGAUGGCCUCCCCCUCCUGCCUCUCAUGUACGAGUGGUACGGAACUCGGUACCUGGGGGCAGCACACGGCGUGGCAGGGAUAGCACACGUGCUGCUGCUGCUGAGGAGAGAAGAACUGGAGGAGGAGGAGGUGGAGGGAAGGAGGGACAGGACACUGGAGGAGGCAGCAGAAGCAGCAGCAGCAGCGCUCGAGUACCUCGUAGCCACUCGGCUGUCCUCAGGGAACUACGCUGCCAGUGAUGAGGAGAGCCGCGCAGCUGCUGCUGCACGCGAAAGCAGUGCUGCUGCUGCUGCUGCUACUGCAAGGGAUGCUGCGGCUCUCGCCCUUGCAGCCAUGCUGUACCCGUCCAAGCCCCAUCUGUUGCAAGCAGCCAUCGAAGCUGGGGAGGUGGUUUGGCGCCGAGGCUUGCAGGUCGGACUCUGCCACGGCAUCAGCGGCAACACCUACACCUUCCUGGCUCUCCACCGAGCCACAACCGCUGGCUCGGCAACCGUCCCUGCCCCAGGCUUGGGAUCAGCUGCUGCCGAGGGCGCUGGAACUUCUAUGGCUGCCAUUUCAGCAUUGCCCGGAGCUUUGACAGCAGGAGACGCUGCCACAUCAGCACUGAUGACACGUCACCUGCACAGGGCGCGUGCGUUUGCUGGUUUCCUGCAUGCCAACUGGCGCCAGCUGGCGGAGGCAGGGAUGAUGCAUUGUGGGGACCACCCAUUCUCCCUGAUGGAAGGUCUGGGCGGCCCUGCUUGUCUGUUUCUGGACAUGAGCCGGCCCAACGAAGCAAGGUUUCCAGGGUAUGAGCUGUAG